GGUCAAGGUCUGAAUAAGGCAAAUCAGCGAUGGCAUCGCUGAGUAUGUGGGGUCUUUGUCUUGGCUGGCACCCCGCCAUACAUUUGUGUGACUAUGCUCCUCAUCCUGCUGACGUGGUCGUAGUCGUUGGGGUUGCCGGCGGCCGAAGCGGCGAUGGUCUUGAAGACGCACUUCCCUCUGGGACUCAAGCCACUUUCUCUUUGAGCUCUUCAUGGCCCACGACGUCAGCGCGUGAGCCCAGGUGCAUGAACCACCAGUGGUUCGCCAGUGGCAGUGUCGAUUGCGGCAUCAAAUUUUUGGACGUUUCGACGUUGACACAGCCGCACUCCUCCGCUCUUACCUUCACCUACGCCUUCGCCUCACUACGAAUCCACUGGCCGGUGUGUUUGAUUCCCGGUCCCAGCGCUUCAGGAAGAGACGAAAAUCGGAAUUGACACUCGGCAUGACAACUGGGGCUGGAGGAAGAGGUGGAGACAAACGACGCGAGUAGGAUUCUGAGCUGUGGCUUACAUCAUCGGACUCGACAUUCUGCCCAUGGUCACCUGGAGAUUCGACAGCGAGGAGCGAGGGCUUAUCGUUCCCGGGUUUGUUUACGUAUGGGAAGAGCAGGGCAUGACUGCCGAGAUUAUGGGUGUGAGUGCAAGACUAUCCGGUGCGUCCUGCGCGUUUCCCACUCGCUUUACGUCAGGUCAGGAUUGAGCGGUGGAUAGAUGGAAUACGAUGGGGGCCGUCGCGACUACGAGAGGGCUUUCUGUUCUAUCACGAGCAGCCUACGACACACUACGUUUUCCCUGGUGUCCAGGGCAUGUGCGCUGGACCGGGCUGUAGAACUUGUCCACUGCUCUGCACAUGAACACUUUUCCUUCCAGCCACUCCGUCAUCCGUAUGCAAUCAACCCACAGUAACUCCGAGCCUGACGACAACGACGUACCGGGACUGAAAGGCGACGACAAAACCGGUGUAAAGGGCGUGGCCACAGACUUCCACCGCGCUGCCCAAGACCAAGAACAUGGUCUAUUUACUUUUAAUGUCUGGCCAGCCGAUAGCCACAGUCCUUGCAACGACAAUCUCGACGUUUGGCGCGUGUACCUCAAGACAUGCAUAUCAUCACUGUUCACGCUCUGGUCUUUUCUACAAACAUGCGUAUAGAGAAGUGGUGGUCGUGCAGGGCUUAAUGGCUGGUGCGUUCCAAGCUUUGACUCGGAGACUGAGAGCAAUGCUUCAGACGCUGGGACCUGGUCUCAAUCUAUGUUAUAUAUAGUGAUUUUGCUCGCUUUGUGGUAGUUUUCGAACGCGAAUACCUCCCUUGUCCCUACCCCUGUUGCUAUGCAUCCAGUCUUUCCUCUGCUCUUCGUCUACCCACUGCCGUCUGCUGCCUCUGUAUCAAUGAUCAAACUACCCAAUUGACGUCUGACCCACGUGCUCCGAAAACAUCAAGGCGACUGUGCGCUUCCUGCGCUGCCCACCGCAUGUCUUCGCACAACCGGAAUCCAGCUGGACACAACCAGCAUCAGCGAGACGAUGAAUGGGAACGCAGGCUGAAAGACGCGCUGCGUAUACUGCAUCGGGAGAAGAAGACCAGCAACGUGCAAGCGGUAAGACGCUUGGCCGCACAGUUUGACAUUCACACUAGUGAAUCCACUGUCAAGCGUCGAAGGAAGGAGUGGGGUUUUACAGGCGGUGCCACUACGGAGCAGUCCAUGGAACCAGAGGCUGUUGAGCAGCUCGUGCUCGAUCAGCUGAACAAGGACCCUAGUGACAUGGCUGGCGUGAAUACGAUAUGGCAUCGAAUUGCCUUUGACGAUGAAACCAUCAUUUGUCGAGAGACGGUUGAUCAUUGGAUGCAUGUGCACCGUCCUGAAGGCUUUCUCAAACGGGAUCCCACCGCCAAGGUCAUUGAACGCGUGCCCAAGCCAAUGCUGCUCGGGCCUGACCACCGCUGGUCUGCCGAUGGACACGACAAACUCGUCAAGUUUGGCUUCGGAGUAUACAUGUGGGUUGACGAAGCUACGAUGUACAUCCUUGGCGCGUACUUGCUUCCCAACAACCGCCUGGGGUCAGUGAUCGCAUGGAUCUUCCUUGACCUCGUCGAGAGAUACAAAGGAGUUCCUAAAACAACAACGACA